UUUCUUUAUAGCAAUUUAUCCUUUCACAGAGAAAUCUGCUGAAAGGGCAAUAAAAAUCGAUCCUUUUUCUGGUAUCAAUGGGAGCCGAAGAAGAACAGAAAGGAAACCAAGAGGGCAGAAUCGCUGAAGGAUCGAACCCAAUCUCAGAAUCCCAAUUCCUCUCAUGGAAGCGCCGAAAGGAUGCUGAUUCAUCAGCUAGAAAAGCUGAGGCAGCUAGGAAACGUGCAGAAGACAUUGCCUUAGGAACAGUGCAGAUGAAUGGUCGCGAGCUCUUCCUCCAUGAACCUUGGGUAUUUGAUAACAAUCAAUAUUGAAAAUUCUUGAGCAUAGAUUCGGAUGUAUCAAGCUUUAGGGCUGCAUUUGAGAGGUUACCAAAUGGGAGUAACGGUAAUUUCUUUGCCUAAGAGAUCGGUAUAUGUGGCGUAAUCAGACGACAUGAUGACGAAAUCUAUUAUGUCGCUUUUUCUCUCUUUUAGUUAUAUAUGUGACUAUGCUGUGUGUUGAGAAGCAGGGGGAGAAUAAAUCAACUCUAUAUUCUAUGGAUUUUUUUUUCUCUCUCUUCUCAAAUAAGGGCAAUUAUUUGGUCUUGAGCUUACCUGGCCCCUGCUUUACUAGGAAACGGGAACUUGGUAACAUCCCAUGAUAAAUUGUUUGUUAUGACACGAGAUAUCACACAAAUACAUAAAAAACCCUAAAUGGAUUAAGUUGAUGAAUUUGAAGCA